UUGGUCUCGAACCAGAGACUCCGUACGGCAAACAAAAUGAUUUAAUCUCUUGCCUGACCAAUCCGUACGGAUCCAAUUCGUUUGACUUAACAGUAACUAUCGGUGGAAUAUCCCAGCUAGCUUGUAAUCUGUGCGUCUCUCUCGGCUCGUCCGCUCUCUCCGCCACGCAAAGGAUGAUCCCAGGCAGCACCACCAUCAACAGCGGCAGUGCCCAGCAGAAGACUUCGGCGCCAGUGGCUCCCGUCGUCCUCCUCGCCAUCGUGUUUGCUCUGCUAGCUUCACCGCUCUACACGGACGACGUCUAUCUCCUCGUUGCCUCUCAGCUCCUGAAGAGCAUUUCCCUGCUGGUGCUACUCGUCCCCCUCUUUCUCCUCCUGGCUGUUCAGCUCAUGUCUCUCCCGGCCUCAAAGCCGGCACCGCCUUCCAAGACCGUGCCUUUCUCUGAAGUAGGAGGCUCUCCUGUUGGCCUGGCCUUCAUGGUCGUCUUUAUCCUGGCCGUGAUCUGGUGGCAGCCCGGUUUCUAGAUCACGCUGCCGUGAAUCUUCUCUAUGUAGCACCUCGGUCUCAGUUUCGAAGAGUUUAUAAAACUGGUUGCCAGUUAACCGAC